ACAUAGGCAUGUACACUUCCGUUUCCGGUUCGCCACCGGAACCAUGGCGACUGCGCGGGUGUUGGGGUGCCUCUUGAGGUUAGGCAGAAGAUGCCGUGGCCUUCGAGUACCUCCCCACUCCCGGGCACUCGCCGCCCUAGUGCCUGGCAUGACCCGGGUAGAUAAUAAGACCGAUUUUCUGGAGAAGCUGCACUAUCGCAAGCACCCUGGCAUCUUGAAGUUACCGCACUUGCGGCUGCCGCAGGCACUGGCUAACGCAGCGCAGGUAUUGCUGCUGGAGAGCGCGAUCCCGAAUGUGGAGAAGCAGGUGCAAACACUGACCAAUUAUCUCUGGAGUCGCCAUUUGCCUGUAGAGUCAGCGGAGUUACAACGACGGGCUAUGCAUCUUGAGAAAAAAAUUUUGGACACCCAAGACUUACCUCAGACAGAGAAGAGACUUCAUGGAGCAGUGCUACAGGCCCUGCGUAGAACUACCUACCAUUGGCAAGAACUGAGCUACAGUGAGGGACUGAGCCUGGUGUAUAUGGCAGCAAGACUGGAUGGUGGCUUUGCAGCAGUCUCCAGAGCAUUUCAUGAGAUCCAGACUCGAAAUCCAGAGUUCCAGCCACAAACCUUGAUGGACUUUGGCUCUGGUUCUGGUUCUGUCAUGUGGGCUGCUCACAGUACUUGGGGCCAGAGUCUACGUGAAUAUGUGUGUGUGGACAGCUCAGCCGCCAUGUUGGAUUUGGCAGAAAAGCUACUGAAAGGUGGUUCAGAAUCUGGGGAGCCUUAUGUUCAAGGUGUCUUUUUCAGACAGUUUCUACCCGUAUCACCCAAGGUACAAUUUGAUGUGGUGGUAUCAGCCUUUUCCUUAAGUGAAUUGCCCAGCAAGGAUGCCCGCACGGAGGUAGUUCAAACCUUGUGGCGCAAGACAAGUCAUUUCCUUGUAUUGGUGGAGAAUGGAACAAAAGCUGGGCACAGCCUUCUCAUGGAGGCCAGAGACCUGGUCCUUAAGGGAAAAGAGAAGUUGCCUUUGGACCUUCAACCUGGUUUUGUCUUUGCCCCAUGUCCCCAUGAACUUCCUUGUCCCCAGUUGACAUCCUCUAAGCCCUUGGCCUGUAGCUUCUCCCAGGCAUACCAUCCCAUCCCCUUCAGUUGGAAUAAGAAACCAAAGGAGGAAAAGUUCUCUAUGGUGAUCCUUGCCCGAGGUUCUCCAGAAGAAGCUAAUCGCUGGCCUCGAAUCACCCAACCUGUCCUUAAACGGCCUCGACACGUGCACUGUCACCUGUGCUGUCCAGAUGGGCACGUGCAGCAUGCUGUAAUCACAGCCCGCCGGCAUGGCAGGGAUUUGUAUCGCUGUGCCCGUGCCAGCUCCUGGGGAGAUCUUUUACCUGUGAUCACUCCGUCUGAGUGUCCCCCAUCCCCUGCUCAAGAUCCCUCUGAUUAUUGACAAGGAUGUGUGAUAAUUACUUUCAUCUAUCAUGCCUGCCAAGGCCGAAGCUUCCUGGUAUCCAGGAUAAGAAAGGUGGUACCCCCAAAUGUCUGAGUUGGUUUUUUUUUUAUUUUGUUUGUUUGUUGGUUUUUGAGAUUUUAAUAAUAAAAAAAACAUUUUU